AUGUACGUCUCGCUGCACGAGCAGGAGCUGUGUCGACACUUUCGCGAGCUGCCACGGCGGCACAACUACCGAUUCGAUGAGACUGCCGACCGCGAGCUUCGCCAGAUCCUCUUCCAUUCGCUCGCCGGCCGUGGCGACUAUCUCCCCCUCUUCUUCCCCAACGGCCCACCGACCGACUUGGAGAAGCCUUGGAGCUUGCGCGAUGCCCAGGGAGCGGUCGAGGGCGCAGAAUACUCGGCUGCGGCGAGAGGCAAGCCGUGUGGCCACAUCUUUAAGAAUGGCGAAGCCACAUACCGGUGCAAGACGUGCACCGCUGACGACACAUGCGUUCUGUGCGCGCGCUGCUUCGAUGCAUCGGACCAUGAAGGCCACCAAGUCUUCGUCAGUGUAUCACCCGGCAACUCUGGAUGCUGUGAUUGUGGCGACGACGAGGCCUGGAAUCGCCCGGUGCACUGCAACAUCCACUCGAUAGACUCGGAGUUUCAAUCCAAGGCGGCUGGCAAGGCACGAGAGGGUUCGGUGCUUCCAGAUGAGCUUCUAGAAACCAUACGCAUAACCAUCGCAAGAACUCUCGACUAUCUUAUUGACGUGUUCUCGUGCUCCCCUGAGCAGCUGCGCUUGCCCAAGUCAGAGGAGUCCAUCAUGCAAGACGAGCGGCAGUCGCGCCUCACGUCCAAGUGGUACGACCCGGGCGACCAGCCAGAUAAUUGCGACGAAUACUGCCUGGUGCUUUGGAACGACGAGAAACACACGGUCAAUGAUGUGCGCGACCAAGUUGCCCGAGCGUGCAAACAGAAGGCGGCUUUCGGGCUCGCCAAAGCCUACGAGAUUAAUGAUGUCGGCCGCAGUGCUAUCGUGUACCGCACAGAUAUCAAGGAGUUGCUGCGCAUGGCCAAAAUCAUCGAAGAAAUCAAGCUGACUGUCACAAUACGCUCUGCACGAGACACCUUCCGCGAACAGAUGGCUGGUGCGCUUGUUGAUUGGAUAUCAGAUAUUGCCGGCUGCAGCGUGGGUGAGGACAACCAAGUCCUACGACGCACUGUUUGUGAGGAGCUGUUGAAGCCAUGGCGGGUCGGUAGUGAAGCAUCAAAUGAGACCAUUGGCAAGGAUGGCCUUGACGAUCAUGAGAUGGAAGAUAAGCAGGCUGAGAUGGAUGGCUUCUAUGGUGGACUACUACCGCUGCAGAGACGUGUGCGGACGAUAAGGAUACAGCGCCGCCGUACCGAUACGAAUGAUGACACCACAGCGUCUGACGAUGAUGAAGAAGACGAUGGCGAAGGCGAAGGCGAAGGCGCGGCAGACGGAGGUGAUGACAUGGACAUAGACGAAGUAGGUGCCCAAGAUAACGACGGAGAUGUAGAGAUGGAAGCAUACGAAAGUGCGGACGAAGCUCUUGAAGUUUCUGAGGCUACAAUGGCUGGAUAUCCACCACCACCCCCACCUCCGCCCGUCCCGCAACGAGGGCAGCCUGAGCAAAGUGUCACUCCGGCAGAGUCAGACAGCGAGCCCAUGGGUGCACCAGCUCUCAGCCAUGUUGAACCAACCAUGCGAGUACCAGCGACGCCAGUAACCCGAUCACUACCGCUGCGGCCAUCCCGGCCUCCCAACUACUGGUUGGAAAAGCCCGAGGCGUAUGGCAAGAAGCCAGGAACACCACCUCACGAGGAUCUAUGGCAGCGUUUGCGAAUCGAUCAUCUGAUUCUGUAUGAUCUGCGCAUGUGGAAACAAUUGCGCAUUGGCGUACGGGACGUUUUCAUCAGCACAGUAGUCACCAUCCCCCAGUUCAAGCGCCUACUGAGUCUACGAUUCGCUGGUGUGUAUACUGCACUGGCACAACUCUAUCUCAUUGCAGACCGCGAGCCGGAUCAUUCUAUCAUCAAUCUCUCCCUCCAAAUGUUGACGACGCCAUCAAUAACAUCCGAAGUCGUUGAGCGUGGCAAUUUCCUCACAAAUCUCAUGGCCAUACUAUACACAUUCUUGACGACUCGGCAAGUGGGCUACCCAUCUAGUGUGGAUCCCAACGCAACAUUAGCAUUCGAGCAGGGUGCCGUCACGAAUCGUCGAAUGUACCAUUUCUUCCUUGACAUGAAGUAUCUUCUCGGCUCCGAAUUCGUUCAAGAGAGGAUACGGGAAGAACAACGAUAUCUCUUGCAAUUCUUGGAUCUGGUCAAGCUCCAUCAGGGUAUCUGUCCAAACGUUCGUGCUGUCGGUGAGCAUUUGGAAUUCGAAUCCGAAGCCUGGAUAAGCGCCUCGCUCAUCACUCGGGAGAUCAACAAGCUGUGUAGACAUUUUGCAGAGUCUUUCACGUGGAAGCGUGAUGAGGACUCCACCAACAUACGUCGUGCCAUACGCGCAGCUGCCAAGGUUGUCAUUGUCAACUCCUUGGGCGCCGAACGACGGCGGUUCGAUCAGAGCGAACUGAAGGAAGAAACCAGGUUCAAAACACUUGAAGUCCUAGAGUUCGACGCAGAACCCUCUACAUUCUUUGGGCCAACAUACAAAAUUGUCGAUUACGUCGUCGCCAAGGAGCCGAUGAGCUUCCAUCAUGCGCUCCAUUACACAUUAUCCUGGCUCAUUGACAAGGCACGGAGUAUGCCACGAGAGCAGAUGCUUCAGCUUCUUCUCCAUUCGCACACCGAGCUGCAGGCAGACUUCAACCCAUCGAGUGUGCCGGUCCCUGUUCUUGAACCGCACGAGUAUCUUCUUGCUGUAUUCGACUUCCCACUCCGUGUGUGCGCUUGGCUGGCGCAGAUGAAAGCUGGCAUUUGGAGAGACAUUUUCCUCCUGCAAUCUGCUCUGGUCCUGUGUGACCCGUCAGUUUUCCUCGCAACGAUGAUUGACCGCUAUGGCCUGACGGGUUGGAUGACUGGCAAGUACGAAGCAAGUCAACAUGGCUUCGAAGACAGUCAAGCAAUCGACGUAGUCGAGGAUUUUGUUCACUUGCUCAUCAUUAUUCUGACUGAGCGUACAUCAUUGAUUCCUGCUGAAGAGAACGAUGAGUCGCAUUUGACAGCUAUGCGACGUGACAUCGCACAUGUUCUCUGCUUCAAGCCCCUGUCAUUCUCAGACAUGACUGCACGUCUGUCGGACAGGAUACAGAACAUGGACGAGUUCGACGUUGUUCUACGGGAAAUGACCCGCUUCAGAGCUCCCGAGGGAUUGUCUGAUAGCGGUACCUUUGAGCUGAAGGAGCAAUAUCUUGAGUUAGUCGACCCUUACCUUCAUCAAUACAACCGCAACCAGCGUGAAGAGGCCGAAACGACAUACAAGAACUACGUGGCCAAGAAGACCGGCAAACAAGCGAGCGACAUCGUCUACGAGCCGACACUACGCGCCAUCCCGUCGGGACUAUUCCAAAACCUGUCAACUUUCACAAAAACACCAUUGUUUACCCAAAUCAUAUACUACCUACUCGGCUAUGGUCUCAGAGCCGCGGCUGCUACGCCAAACAUUCCUGCCACGCGAGUGGAGACAUAUAUCCAGUUUGCUCUCCAGCUUCUUCUCGUGGCUGUACUGGAAGACAAGACUGAAGAGCAUGAGUGGUCGCAAGAAGCCCCUGACUCCUUCAUUACUUCAGUACUUACAAAGCAUGCAAAUAUGGGCAUUCCUAACCAUCCAACUGUUCUCUCUGUGCUGAAAGAGCUCCAAGACAAGGAAGCUUUCAAGGCGUGCGAGCCCAAAAUCAACCUUAUCCUCCAUAGGCUGAAACAACGCCAACAACACUCAUUCAUAGUAGCUGCUGCAGCGCUCAAUAUGCCUACGGAUAGGAUGGACACAGCGUCGCCAGCUGGGUUUGCGGUUCAGGAGAAAGAGUUGAAGAAGAAGCAGGCACUGGAGAGGCAAGCAAAGGUCAUGGCAGCAUUUAAGGAGCAGCAAGGCAAAUUCAUGGCCAAUCAAGACUUUGACUGGGGCGAAGACGACUUCAGUGACUUGGAAGACGAGACAGGUGGGCUUGUUGAGCAGGAAAAGACACUGAAAUAUCCGUCUGGUACAUGCAUUCUGUGUCAAGAAGACACCGGUGAGCACAGGCUCUACGGUACUUUCGGCUACGUAUCCGAGAGCAGAAUACUACGACAGACUGAUGUGUACGACGACGACUGGGUGGAUGAGGUCGUGCAGACUCCAGUCAACCUCGAUCGUUCAGCGGAGGAGAUACGACCUUUUGGGGUGUCCGGGAAAAACCGUCGCAUCAUCGAGAAGGUCUCCGCUACUGGCGAGCGCGUCAUCACUGAAAGACAGGAAUUAGGCAAGGGAUUUCCACACUCACAAGUCCAGCCAGGCCCAGUCACCACCGGUUGCGGACACAUCAUGCACUACAGCUGCUUUGAGGUCUACCUUCAAGCGACCCAGCGGCGACAUGUCAGUCAAAUAGCAAGAAACCAUCCCGAACGGCCCGACCUCAAAGAAUUCAUGUGCCCACUCUGCAAAGCGCUGGGCAACAUGUUCUUACCAGUCAUCUGGAGGCCAAAAAAGGUCGUGCACCCUGGCGUGCUGGAGACAGAGGCGAAUUUCGACGAAUGGAUACAAACUCAGCUCGUUGCCACGUACAGGGAUUCUGCUGGAGCUGCUGGAAAAGCGCCAGUGGAUCUUACACCCGACCAGAAAGUCUUGUACGAGUAUGGCGAGCGAGACUUCAUACAGCCGCUUUCGAGCCGACUCCCUGACCUCUUGAACAUGACACAGGUAGCGCUGGCAGUCCAGCUGCCGAGUAUGCAUCAGCCACCGCGAUUUCAGGUCCCUGCAUUCCUGGGAGUGCCGCAAGACGAAUCGCAGCUGCCAGGUGUUGCCUCGAGCGAAAACAGCUCAGCUGGUGUACCAAACUUCUCGAUGCUGGAGCUAGUCAAGGUGUAUCAACGACUGAAAGAUACACUCCGUGCGAACGGCAUCCAUUCCACGUUCGCAUACCCACACAGCCCAGCUACGUCAGUGGAAGAUCUCACGCACACAGACUCGCUCGCACAAGCUCUCGGCAACUCUAUUGCGGCUGCAGAGAUCGCUCAGCGAGGUAUCUUUGAUCCGGAAGCCCUGAGCUUCGAUCUGAAGGGAAUUGUGCCUCUCAUGUGCAAGGAUCCAUUCAUCUUCCUCUCGGAGUGUGCAGUCGGCAUAGCCGCAGCUUCCAACCUCGACAUCCAUCACAUCAUGCGUCUUUGCUACUUGGCAGAGAUGGUUCGUGUGGUAUUCAAAUAUGGCCUAUCAAUGGACGAGCCGUCUAUCAAGAUUGAGGAUUCCCGUACUCCACGCCGCCAACACCGUUUCUCAAAUCCGGAGAAGUUCAUCAAUACGGACAAGGUCAACAACGGCUUCUUGCCCCCAGAUCAGCUGAACAACAUAUUGUUCUUCGUCUGUGUCAUCUACAACGUGGGCACAAUGGGUGUUUCCUCUGCGUCGUUAGAUAUUGACAAUAUGCCCAUCCCUUCGCACUUCAAGGAGCCAAAUUUCCUCUACUUCAUCCAGACAAUGAUGUCAUCGUAUGCUCUGCCUUUUGUGCGCAAGGCAGCCAUACUCAUGCAUGUGCGGUAUGGUGUCGAGCUGCCUACAAUUGCCGCUGACCGCGCCGACGACCCUGAGCUUGAGCGCCUCUCUACACUGCUCAAACUGCCUUCCCUCGCAGAGAUGCUCGCAUCCUUCACCCAAAGAACACCAGCUGGGCACACCACGCGCUCCACCGUCGGUGGCUGGCUGCGCCAUCUACUCUGGGUGCAAGCAGGCAACGGGCCUCUCAAGCCGAGCAUUUCUCUCUCCCACCCCGCCAUCUUCGAACUCGUGGGUCUGCCCAAGAACUACGACACCCUCACCGACGAAGCUAUCCGCCGGAAGUGUCCGACUACCGGCAAGGAACUUACUGAUCCCGCGCUCUGCCUCUUUUGUGGAGAAAUCAUGUGCAGUCAGGCCGUGUGUUGUAUGACCGACAAGCACCGCGGCGGCUGCAACCAGCAUCUAUCCAAAUGCGGCGGCCAAGUCGGUCUCUUCAUUCACAUCCGCAAAUGCAUGAUCCUGUUCCUCAACCUCGACCACGGGUCCUGGGCUGUCGCGCCGUAUCUCGACAAGCACGGCGAAGUAGACCCGACGCUGCGCAGGCACCACCAGCUUUUCUUGAAUCAGAGGAGGUAUGAUGCGUUGCUGAGGAAGAUUUGGUUGGAGGGCGGGAUUCAGAGCAUGAUUGCGAGAAGAUUGGAGGGCGAGAUUAACAACGGGGGGUGGGAGAGUAUGUGA